GUGCAGAAUGCAAUAAUUUUUUUUUGGUGAUGGCGCUGUGGUUGUACGUCGUCUCUUAGUUUUUAUCAAAUAUUUGUGUUAAACAAAUAUUGGUAUCAAUGUAACAAAGAGCGAUAUAAAUUUUUCAAAUCUGUUGGAAGAAAAAGGCCGAAUACGGCCAAACAAAUUAGUUAUUUUAAAUUAAACAAUCUUUUUUUACACAGAUAUUAAUGCUUUACUUAUAACAAAUUCAAGAUACAGAUUCAUUUACCAAUUUACUGGGGAAAAUUUGGGCUUCUUGGCACUAUUUUAAAAUUCCAAUCUUUAGCAAAUUUCUGCAUUGAAAGACUGUUAAAAGGAAUAUUGUCGCAAAUUAAAAGGUCUGGACAUCCAAACAUCCUGCAAAAAUUGAUUUUAAUUUUUUUCAUGAUUUUGGUUGACGAUUUGCUUUUAAUUGAGACAAGCUCUAACUAAUUCAAUUAUGAAUCAUAAAUACUAUAGAUAGCUAGAAUUUGCAAAAGAAAAAAUAUCAGUGGCAACUAUCUCCCAUGGCCUUUAGGGUCGUAAUAGAUAGGCCUAGACUAAUAUUAUUAAGAUCUAAUAAUCUAAAGGCUGGAAUACCUAUAAUACACUUUUUUAUAUUUCAUUGCUAUGCUUUUUCUCACUAUUGAUUUCUUUUCAUUCUCAAAAACGACUUUGAUAUUGGGAACUCCAUCUACCACUAGGGGCGAAAAGCAGACAUCACACAGGGCAGAUGCAUCCAUGUCCGUUGUGAGCUACUGUAAAAUUGUAUUUUUUUACUUAACUGGCGAAAAAUUGUAUUUUUUUUGCUUUUAAUUCAACGGCGAACGUUCUGUAGGAACCUUAAGUCUUCAUUCAGUACAAUAGUAAACAAUUGAAUUACAAUGUGGACAGUACAAUAAUGCACAUACUAAUCGUGAUUGUAAAAUUAUUACACAUUUAAAGUGUGAAAACUUUAAAACUGGAAUACAAGCACAAACAGUAAAAAAAAUUAGGGUAUUAAAUAGAGUUGGGCAUGGUCAAUUGACCAACACCUAUUUGACCAGUCAAUUUCGGUCAAAAUAUAUAAAAUAUUCAAAAACCAUUUAUUUAUGUUUUAUUUAGAGUUUUAUGAUAUAAGUAAGUGCAUUAAUUUCAUUUUAAUAUUUAUACAUUAUUGAAAGCAGUCCAAUUUACUCACAACCGUCUUCUACGAAAUCCGAUACACCUGAUUCGGGGAAUCUCAACACUCGCAACAAAACGACUGAAAACGUAUUUCGUAUUUACUAGCGUUAGAGAUUGUAGCUGGAGCUGUACUCAUAAUUAUUGGAUUUUUGUGAACUAACAACGUAAUUACAAUGAGUUUGGGCAAGUCCAAAACCAAAAUUUGGAAUUGUUUCACGGAAACUCGCGUAGAAAUUAAAGUGAAAGGCAAAUGUAACUACUGUGAAGCAGUUUACAUCACUCAUGCCGAUAGAAUGCAGAAUCACAUACUCAAAAAGUGCAAAUCAGUUCCAGAAGCGGUUCGACAAGAUUAUAUGGACAAGGCAAAGACCAGUUUGAAUGAAUCCUUCGAAGAUGAAGACGAAGCAAUAUUUCCCAAGAAAAGCAAGAAGCCACAUACAGAAAUCAAUUAAAUUCCUCAUGAAAUUCCAAGUACUUCAUCUGGUUCCUCUCAGCCACCUAUUAAUUGUAGAAAAAUGCAAAAAUUAACAUCAUUUGUUGACACGGUAAGCGAAUCUGAGCAAUCUGAGUUACAAACAUUUUUUUGCGAAGCUGUUUAGUCAUCAAAUUGCGCCCUGUCAAUGUUCGAAUCAAUCAGACAAAUGGAAAACAUUUUUUGGAAAAUUGCGACCAGCUUUUAAAAUUCCUGACAGAAAAACUAUGGCAACCUCACACCUCGACAGGUGCUUUAACAAAAUAAGAAACAACAUCAAAGAUAUUCUUGAUAGUGAAGAUAAUAUAACUUUAAUGAGUGAUGGCUGGACAAAUAUUAGAAACGAAGGUUUAAUAAACUACAUGGUGCAUACGAAUAAUGGAGAUUUUUUGUAUGAUUUUUCACAGCCCAAGGCAAUUAGACACACAGGCCAAUACAUUGCCAGUGAAAUUACAAGGGUAAUUAAAGAAAUCGGUGAAAAUAAAAUUACUUCUCUGGUAACCGACAACGCAGCAAAUAUGCAAGUUGCCUGGGCCCAAUUAAAAGAAACAUUCCCAAAUCUACAAACGUAUGGCUGUGUUUCUCACAUUCCGAAUUUACUGCUCAAAGAUAUUGAAUCGCUCAAAACCCUCUCUGAUCAUCUUAGUGUUUGUAAGGAGAUUGUGAUUUUUUAAAAAUUAAAACAUAUUUCCAACGCCCUUUUAAGUGAAAAGCAGGGCGGUAAUUUUCAAUUUCUGAAAUUACCAGUCGCAACUAGAUGGAGCAGUACAGUCACGUGUAUGGAAAGCAUACACGUGAAUAAUCAGCUACUUAAAGAAUGUUUAAUUCAUCCAGUUAUUAUGAGACACUAGCAACAAAUAAAAUAAAAUCUGCCAUAUUGAAUGAUGAUGUAUUUUGGGAUAGAAACGUUAAAUUUAUUGAGUUACUGAAUCCUGUUGUUCGUUUGAUCAGAUUCAUGGAAAAUACUACUGCUACUUUGUCAGAUGUUCGGCACAAGCUGUUUCUCUUGAAAGAACACUUUAAUGCAUUUGUUUCAGAAAGUCAAUUUCUUCAAAAUAAACAAAAACUGACGACUAAAUCGGUAAUAAAAAGAAUCGAUAAGGCCUGCACCGACACUCACAAUGCAGCAUAUGUACUCGAACCUAGGUAUAAGGGAGGAAAUUUAACCCCAGAUGAGCUGCAACGUGCUACGAAUCUAAUAAUACAACUUAGCCUCGAUAAAUCUGAGGUUGACGUAAUUGGGGAAAUUUCAAAUUUUAGAGCAGCAACAAAUGAAUUUAACAAUGGAAUAAUAUGGAUAGCAGUAAAAAGUACCAAAUCAGUUUGUAAAACGUCAUCGGAUAUUACUCCAUCAACUUGGUGGGAGAGUUGGCAAAAGAAAUCGGUACUUCACGAUGUAGCUAUAAAGUUACUAAAAAUACCGGCCUCUUCAGCUUCGUGUGAAAGGAACUGGUCAACAUGGGGAGUACUCCAUAGUAAAUUGAGAAAUAGACUGACCGGAAAGCUGGUCUAUGUUAAAUACAAUUUAAAUAUUAUUAAUAAAUGUGAAAAAAUACCCGACUUAAAUAUAUCUUCAUCCUCCGAAGCUGAUGUUUCUUUGUCUUCCGAAGCCGAGCAGCUAGACUCCGACUCCGAAAAUGAGAAUCUUCCAUUAGCUACACUCCUUAACUAAACUACACUCAUAAUAAUUCAGAUUAAUAACUGAGAUUGAUAUUUUUUGUUUAAUUUUAAGUGUUUGCGUUUUUAUGUUAAUUAUAUUAUUCAUGGAUAUUGAAAAAUAAACUACUUAUUUUUA